AUGUGGCUCACACAUGGCCCUCAGGGCCACCCUCAGUUUGACAUGCUUGCUGUAGAGGGUAUAGAGUCGCGUACAUUUGUUCUAGCAUCUAUAGAGGAUUGCAGAGCAGUUAUUAGGAGCACAGAAGUGGAUAUAGAGAGGAUGUGCCCCCCUCUGGAGACGGGGAGGGAUACCCAAGUGCCCACAGAUACCCAGGUGCCCACAGAUACCCAGGUGCCCACAGGUACCCAGGUGCCCACAGAUACCCAGGUGUCCACAGAUACCCAGGUGCCCACAGAUACCCAAGUGCCCACAGAUACCCAGGUGCCCACAGAUACCCAGGUGCCCACAGAUACCCAGGUGCCCACAGAUACCCAGGUGCCCACAGAUACCCAGGUGUCCACAGAUACCCAGGUGCCCACAGAUACCCAAGUGCCCACAGAUACCCAGGUGCCCACAGAUACCCAGGUGCCCACAGAUACCCAGGUGCCCACAGAUACCCAGGUCCCCACAGAUACCCAGGUACCCACAGAUACCCAGGUGCCCACAGAUACCCAGGUGCCCACAGAUACCCAGGUGCCCACAGAUACCCAGGUGCCCACAGAUACCCAGGUGUCCACAGAUACCCAGGUGUCCACAGAUACCCAGGUGCCCACAGAUACCCAGGUGCCCACAGAUACUCAAGUGCCCACAGAUACUCAAGUGCCCACAGAUACCCAGGUGCCCACAGAUACCUAA